AGUGUCGAUUCUUAAACCAAACCAUAAAUAACAAUAACGAAAUUACUGUUCGGCUUUACGAGGGUGCGUGCCAGUAGUUAAUCAAUAUAAAAUCACUUGAUAAGUGCCUAGCUAACUAACGACAACAAGAAGAUGGAUUUGAAUUGUGGCCCGAUGGUGUUGGGUGUUCUAGCCGGCGUGGGCUGCGGGUUCUGCUUCGGGUGGCAUCUACGAGGGCGACUCAUAAAACCUCUCCAGGGAGUCAUGUCAGCCUGUGGAGAGGCUGAAAAUGGCACUCAAACGAGCGUUAUGGGAGAGAGCGGUGAAUUCAAGAUGAUCCUAAUUGUUCGCACAGACCUGAAAAUGGGGAAAGGCAAAGUAGCGGCGCAGUGUUCUCACGCAGCAGUGUCUGCCUACAAGCAGGUGCAGCGUAGAAACCCUGAUCUUUUAAAACAAUGGGAAUACUAUGGGCAACCCAAAGUGGUUGUGAAGGUUCCAAAUGAGGACACUCUCCUGGAACUUUUGUGCAACGCUAAGGAAUUUGGCCUGCCAGUCAGUCUUAUUCAAGAUGCCGGAAGAACACAAAUCGCUCCAGGCUCAAGAACGGUUCUCGGUGUUGGACCAGGGCCUGCAGAUCUUGUGGACAGAGUAACAGCUCACUUAAAGCUAUACUAGAAUUAACUGCAGUAUAAAUUCCAUCUACUGGUUUCUACAAUCAUUAUUCAUUCUCAUGCAAUGCUAUCUAGGUUAUCAGUUGGUGUCACUUUAAAAAUUGCAUAUUAAAACACAGAUGUCACAUUUA